ACCACGCAGAUCGGUCGUCCUUGUAAAGUGAUCUUUCGUGACGAACGUCUGUAUCUGUAAACUUCGUUCGAGAAAGUGCAAAUGCGAAAAUACAACUGAGUGAGAAGUGUCCCGGAUGUGGAAAAAAGUAGUGUGUCGCACACCCAUAUGAUGGUACAGCUUCGGUCCUCUAUUUUUGUUCUAAUCUUCCUCCAUCAUGUCAUCUUCGAUCAUUUUUAGAGCGGAAGAAAAGAGAAGGGAGUCAAUGAGAGAGGUUUCUGAGACAGCAGAAGAUUUUGAUUUCUGGUAGUGAAAGUUGUUGUAUCUCUAUGUUGCUUUCCUCGAUAUUAUCCUCAAGCACCAAUUUCAACUUUCUGCUCUCGAGAAAAAAUGGAAUAAGAAAAUCUUUCCCUCUUCGUCGAAUCAGAAAAAAAUUGUGGGACGCAGAAAUCUGGCUCUGGCACCCCAAAAAGAGUAAAAAGGCGCUUUCUUCUUCUUGUAAGUAGAUGAAGGGCAGAGGAUUGCACAAGAAAAAACAAAAAGCUGAAAAGAUUAUAGGUGACAAAAGUCUGGUAGUAUUAGACAAGGUCGAACAAGAGUUAGUGUCAGAGGCGUGAACGACCUCAAGUGCGUCUUGGUAGAGCAAGAAGUUGUUGUUUGAGAGCUGCACCCAAUGAUUUUAGUAGGAAAAAUGGAACCUAGUAGUUCUACUGGUGCAGGAGCUUACACACCUACUUUUGGAGCCUGAUUUGGAGCCUGCUUGGCUGAUGGAAGUAUACUGAAGGUACUCUUUAAAUUGCUCCUCAGUUGCUUCACCGACGGCCAAUCAACAUGUCCUCCUCCGCCCCACCCUCCGGCCUCCAGAUUGCAGUCGAGUCUGCGGUAAAUCUGUUGGGAUACACGGCUCAGAUCACCCUUCUCAAACUGUUCCUUCUCAAGUACAAGUUUGAGCACCCGUUGUGGCUGACUUUUCUUGAUCAAACGGUAGCCUUCGUGUUGAUACUGCUGUUGACGCAUGUCUUUCGGCUCAUGCCUGAUCCCGAAGUCUGGCAGGAUUUAGUCGUGGCUGGUGCAGGAGGGAGUGGAAACAAGAGUAGAAGAGCCGAUGGAGAAGCAAGUGCAGAUGCAGAUCAUAGUCCUGACCCAGUUGAUGAGGAAGAAUCGACAUUCCUAGAAUAUGGAAAGCAGGCUCCAAAAGAUGAGGACAAAGAAGAUCCAGAUACUGCUUCUCAUGUCAGCAUACCCUCGAAAAGCAAUACGAAAACGUACGCUUUCUGGUCAGAAAUUCUUCCACUCGGCUUACUAAACGUUUUUUCCGGUGCAACGCAUUACGCGAGUCAUUUGUUUCUAUUCCCAAGUUUCGUCGAGAUGAUACAGAUGACGCAGACUGUACCACAAGUUUUCGUAUCGGUUUUCGUGCAGGGAAGGGAUGUUACGGAUAUAAUUCUCAUAGUUGUAAGUAUUUUUCUUUUCGUUGCAACCCCGGAGCUUGCGGCGCUUCCCUAAUGAAUCAUGUGAGGUGUUCGUACUCAGAAAAAUAUGGUGGCGGAAAUCCCUUUCGUCUACACGCCCCAUCGGCAUCUCUCUAACAUUCUGAGCCAAAACGCAAUUUGGAGUGCGCUUCCUAUCACGGUUGGUGGCGUACUUUGCGCUUACGGCGAAGUCAAUUUCCACGUCCUUGGAAUACUACUCGCUUUAGGCGCAGUCUUUUUCGGCGUUACCCGACGAGCCUUUGCAGAGACGCUGAUGACAAGAGAAGAUAAUUAUAACGCAGCGGCGCUUGCAGCUUCAUCAUCUAGUGCAACGUCUAGAAGUGCAAGUGUAGCCAUGAAGAUGGUGUCAUCAUCUCCACCAACACAGACGAUGCAAGAGGGGUUAGCUACGAGUUGGGGCAUGGCCUAUCUUAAGGGUUUCCGAAUUACAUCCCUCACUACCAUCCUUGGCCCCUUUCCUCCAAGGGGUUGAAAAGGAGCCAGGGAUAUUCUGAAGAAUGCAAUCUGGCAACCACUUCUAACUAUCGUUUGACCCCGAUAAACAUUCUAGGACUGCUGUUUCUGUCCCUGGUCAUCGAAGGCUCAGGGCCCUGGAAAGAGCUAGAAAAGAAAGUUUUGCGGACGGAUGAAGGGUACUUUAAAAGACUGCAGUUUCAGUUGUACUACUGGAACAGGACCCAAACCAUAGUAUAGGUUGAUUACACAACCAACAAUCACAUUGGCCUUAGAAUUCAAGAAACUACUUCACUUCAAAGAAAGUGAUUACACAACCAAGAAAGUAGAUCUUUAAAAUCAAAAUUCAUCAUCUUGCUCGUCCAUACGAUCCAAAAUCAUCUGAAAACAAAGUGCCGGUCUUCUUCUGCUAAAAGGAGUUGCGACAAGCUUUUGGUACGUGAGCGAGUUCGUACUUGUCCACCACGCAGGCGCAUUCUUCAUGUCCGUGCAGUAUAAUCUGAACCGCGUGGUGGUGAUAAUAUCCACGCUGCUUCUCUUCAAAAACCCGAUCGCGGCUAUACAGCUCGUCGGAUUGCCGUUGACCGUGGCUGGUGUGUCGCUUUACAUUAUAGAUAAAAUGGUCUGGCAGAAAGGACAAACAAUCUUUUUUAGUCCUCAAGAAGAAGGUGAAAAUGAUAGUGAUGAAAGGACAGCUAAAAAUAUCUUCAGAGAUGAAGAAGAAAAUGCAGGUAAUAGAGUAGAAGAUGCAGAAACAAAAAGAUUGCUUGAUGAAGGAAAAAACCGGUGAAAAAAAUAGCUCUGCUUCGUUUUUAUCUUCAACCCUCAAAAUCUCUACU